UGUCGAGCAUGUAAUGAGGACAGGGAUCGUAAACUGUCCGCCGGAUCUCAUACAUUGAUAAAUGGUAUCAUUGGCGGGGGUUCACAGUCACAGCCAGCGAUUGUAAACCUAUUAACGGUUCAAAACUACAACGAAUGUGAGGGCAAAGACGCCAAUCACUACACUCUGGUCAGGACGUGGACACAGGCGCUGCCCUACGAUCAGCCCAACGGCGGCAAUACCAUCGGUGUCGGUGCCAACGACACGCUCACCGCCUGUCCACCAAACGGACCGCGUGUGCUCUACCAACUGGAAUCGCUGGUCAACACCACUUACCCACAGGGUGCGUACAAUCAAUUGGAGAAUCUAUAUCUGGUGAAGAGUGGCUGCGGUCCUCUACAGGGAAAGUAUGUUUACCUGAAGAGCAUUGUAUUACAGGACGUAUACCUGAAGGUGCUGUCCAGCCAACUGGGUCUGGGCUACACCACUACCAAUACAGCCGUACUGCUCAUCAGCGAUAUUCUCAACCUUAAUGUAUUUGUGUCGCCGGUGGGCGCAUACGACCAGUUCAGAAAGGGCUGCACCACUGUAUGCAAGGGAACCGGGUUUACGGAUGUUAACGUUGCCGUCCAAAUUGUGACAGCAUUUAGUGGCAGUAAUAGUGAGCAAAACCUUAUCGUCAUAUCGUUUGAUGGCUUUAGAAAUGAUUUCGUGUCCCGAGAGUUAACCCCAAAUCUGUACCGAUUGGCCGACAAUGGGGUCAGAGGUCAUAUGAUUUCAAACUUCGUAACCAAGACAUAUCCCAACCAUCAAUCUAUAGCCACCGGGUUUUAUGUGGAAAAUCACGGUAUUGUUCACAACGAGUUUUUCGACCCCAAACACAACCGAGUGUUUCGCACAAACAAACAGUUACCCGACUAUUGGUGGACAGAGUUUCCGGUCACUCCUGUCUGGACGGCAAACCAACUGUACGGCCGGUCCAGUGGCGUAAUGCAGUGGCCGGGCGGUCACGUCAAGUACAAAAAUCAAACGGUCCGUCACUACCAGCCCUAUGACAGUCACAAGCGAUGGGACAAACGUAUGGACACUAUUGUCCAUUGGAUGGCAGACGAACGGUCGUCCGUCAACUGUGUGUUCGCCUAUUUCAAUGAGCCCGACAGCACUGGCCAUCACUACGGCCCGGACAGCGACCCGGUUCGGGCUCAGGUACGUCGAGUCGAUGCCGCGAUGGGCCGUUUGUUGAGUCGGUUGGCCGACCAGCACCUGUUAAACCGGACGAAUGUGAUUGUGCUAUCAGAUCACGGUAUGACUGAAGUCAAACAAAAGUGUCUCAUGAAAAUGUUACAUAAGAAUAUUCAAUACGUUAUGAUUACGUUAAGGGCUAAUCGCGUGAUAAGUCUAAACAAAUACCUAAACCCCUCGCUGUACGACAUGUACGGGGCGUCUCCCGUGUGGUCAAUACGGGCCAAACCGGGUUAUGAGGACCGGGUGUACGACACACUCGCAGAGGCGUCCAAAACACAACAUUUCAAGGUAUACAAGAAGGAGGCGCUGCCCGACCGCUACCACUAUCGUAAUAAUCGGCGCAUUUUACCCAUAUUUUUGAUGGCCGACGAGGGCUGGGAUGUGGACCGGGAGAUGCGAUGGCGUCCUAAGGGUUGGCCGGUUUGGGGUAAUCACGGGUGGGAUAAUCGGUUGCCGUCUAUGAGGCCGCUGUUCAUCGCCAGCGGACCCGCGUUUAAGCGCCGUUAUGUACACAACGGGGUGUUUAUGAACUCAGAUCUGUUUCCCCUUAUGUUGCAAAUACUUGGGCUUCCAGUGAAACGGUUCCCAUGCGAUGGAUCAUUGGAUAGCGUGGCAGAUAUGUUGGCCCACUAUAACAUAGAUCGUCAAUUUGUUGAUAAGUCAAAGAGUGUCUUCGAGUCGAAAGAAGACAUCGCUUACGAUGCCAUCGAAAGGCUUGAAAACCUAAAACCGUACUCAUGGAAACACACCGUCUGUUCCCACCAGGAAAACAAAUCUAAACCGGAGACCAAAGACAGCGACAGUAAGCCCUCCGGUAGUGGAGAGGGAGGGAAGACAGCGACCGAUGGGAAGAAAUCGAGUCAAGUAAAGGUAAUCUCAAGCACUGAUAGCACCGACAGUCUCGCGGCCAACAGCGGCUCCAAAGACAGCAAGAAGUCUACCGACGGCGAGAAGUCGUCCGCCAAUUCUGGUAGUAGUGAUAGCGGUGGUAGUAGUGGUUCGGGUGCUGGAGCUAAGGCUGGGUCUGAGGCUAAGUCAGAGGCUAAGUCUGGAGCCGAUGCUAAGGCUGGAACCGGGGCUGGAAGUGGAGCACCCGCUGCGGCCACCCCUGACAAUCGGUGUCCCAUAUGUAUGGACCCGAUCGCAGAGCCCGCCCGCGGCAAUCAGUGCAACCAUCGGUGCUGUACGGCGUGUCUGCAGGAGUGGGCCAACCAACACGCCAACUGUCCGGUGUGUCGGCAGCCAAUCACAGAGAUCUGGACGAACAUACGGCCGGAUGGCGGCCACGACACGCGACCGGUGGUGCGACAGAAUGUGAUGCCGUUUGUGCCGCAGAUUGUGCCGCGUCGGGGCCGCUAUCGACCGCCGCGACCGCCGCCACCCGUACGCAACCCGCGUCUCAACUAUCAUCGGUUGGGCUACUAUUGGCGUCGGGGAGUACUCUGUCGACUGCCGCGACGGCCCGAAGAGAUGGAAGUCGCGCGUCACGACGCGUGGCUCAGGGGUCGCCGCUCUUGGCGAGAAAUGGUCGCAACGAUCGGAACUCGAGGUUCGGCCGCAACGGAAGACAGAGUAGGUUUGGUAGAGAUAUGUUUGGCCGUCGGAAUCGCCGGUUGUUUGGUAGACAGCGGUCGGGAAGACGCGGGCGAAGACAGCGCUCCGCUUCCGGCACACGAAGGAGACGGAGGACCAGAAGGACGAGUCGCCGGAGCAGAUCCCGGAGCCGUCGCUCCGCCCGACGAUGACUUGAUUGUGUUUGAGCAGAGUUUUUUUGGUUUAAUGUCUUCAAUCCAAUUGCCGACAAUGAAUGGUGUGAUGAGAGUAAACACUCCCCGGAAUAAUAGGAAAGUGGCCGACAAACGGGUCGUCAUAUUCAGGUGCUCUUCAGUGAAGGCG